GUUGACUGUCUUGAAUUCUCGUCUCCCGCAUUCCUUGUGUCGCCUCCGGAAUCCCGGUCGAACCUUCCCAACAUCAACAACCAAAAUGUCUCGAACAGACGCCGAGAAGCACAUCCAACGCAACCCGCACCCUGAUUUCAAGAAGGUCGAAAGCAGCAGGGAAAACUGGGACGACUCGCUCAAAUGGAAUCUCAAGCAGACAAUUAAACCAGACUGGAAGUACGGAGACGGAGCGAACGAUGGGGGAGCAAGCCUCAAGCUCCCACACAUUUCCAUUGAUCCUUACGAGGAAGGACGUCCGGCUGUAGCAAACUACAAGUUAUUAAUCUCCGGUAUCAUUCCGCGACCAAUUGGCUUCAUCAGCACCCGUUCUACAGACGGAAGUUCCACGAACCUUGCGCCGUUCAGCUACUUUCAGGUCAUCAACCACGAUCCGCCGUUAUUUACUGUCGGAUACGCUGGGGGCUUUGAUAAUGCGAAAGACUCGUUGAGGAACUUGACGGAGUCUGGGGAGUGUGUGAUCAACAUCAUUUCGGAGCAUUUCAUAGAAGCGGCAAACUCGACGAGUAUCAAUGCGCCUUAUGGCGAGUCUGAAUGGAGCUUAAGUGGCUUAACCCCAGAGAAGUGUAAGACGGUCAAGGCGAGCAGAGUCAAGGAAGCCAUCUUUUCCGUAGAGGGCAAGUUGGAUUUCACGAAAGAGUAUGAAAGUAAGGCAACUCCGGGCAAGAAGACCGGCGUACUUGCUGUGAUUGAAGGGACGCAUUUCUGGGUCAGAGAGGAUGCAGUUAAUGCGGAGAAGAAUUUGAUUGACCCUGCUAUUUUGCGACCCAUGAGCAGACUGGGUGGAAUUACUUAUGGAAGAACAACUGAAGGCGUGGAAAUCCCAAGACCCGAUUGGGAAGAAACCGUUGUCAAGAAUGAGGAAGCAAAGAAGCUCGUCAAGCCAAAAGUAGAUGGCCAGUGAAUAAUUAUAGACAUUAGAACAGAAUAGAGUCCAAACUUUCAUUAAAUGAUUCUCG